AUGGCGGCCGAGAUUACAAAGCCGCAGCAGACAAUGCGGGAUCUAGUGAUUAUAUAUGUUCAGCAGACGGUGCUGAUUAGAGAAGAACCUCCGGAAGAAUGGAGUUCUGGGGUGGACCAGAAGGACCCAGAGACCCUCAACAUAAAGGAGGACGAGGAGGAACUGAGGACCAGUCUGGAUGUAGAGCAGCUACCUGACACCAGGUUCUCCUUCACUGAAGUUUCUUUGAAAAGUGAGGAUGAUGAAGAGAAACCUCUGUUCUCUCAGCUUCAUCAGCACCAAGUGGAAGAUGGAGAUCUUCCAACCAGCAGCUCAGCUGACCAGAUGAAAGCAGCAACUGGUGGAGAAGAUUGUGGAGGAGCAGAAAUUCAACUCUGCAGAUUAGAUGUUCAGAAGACAAUGCUGAUUAAAGAAAAAGCUCCUGAUGAAUGGAAUUCUGGUGUGGACCAGAAAGACCUAGAAACACGCAACAUAAAGGAAGAAGAGGAAGAACUGAGGAUCAGUCUGGAUGUAGAGCAGUUCAGUAUGAAGGAGGAGACUGAUGACACCAGGUUUUCCUUCAUUGCAGUUCCUUUGAAGAGUGAGGAGGAUGAUGAAGAGAAACCUUUGUUCUCUCAGCUUCAUCAGCACCAUUUGGAAGAUGACAAUCUUCCAACCAACAGCUCAGCUGACCAGAUGAAAGCAGCAACUGUCGGAAAGGACUGUAGAGGAGUAGAAACAACCAGGAACCCAUAUCUAAAUACUCAUGAAGAUGAUUCUAGCUCUUCAGAGACUGAAGACAGUGAGGAUGAUGAUGAAGAUGUGAAUGAUCUUGAUUCUCAGAUGAAAGACUCAUUAGACUCUGGAUCAGAAUCUGAAGACCGUGACAAUGACUGGACAGAGAACAGGGCUGCUGAGUUAGGUGAGAAACAAUUUGCUUGUGAUGUUUGUGGACAAAGGUUUGGAAAAAAGUCACAUUUAAAAACACACACGAUAAUCCACACAGGACAGAAACUAUUUGCUUGUGAUGUUUGUGGACAAAGGUUUGGAAGAAAGUCUACUUUAAAAACACACAUGAGAAUCCACACAGGACAGAAACCAUUUGCUUGUGAUGUUUGUGGACAUAAGUUUAGACAUAAUUCAAAUUUAAACAGUCAUAUGAAAUUCCACACAGGACAGAAACCAUUUGCUUGUGAUGUUUGUGGACAAAGGUUUGGAAGAAAGUCAAGUUUAAACUCACACAUGAUAAUUCACACAGGACAAAAACCCUUUACUUGUGAUGCUUGUGGACAAAUGUUUGGACGAAAGUCAAGUUUAAACUCACACAUGAUAAUCCAUACAGGACAAAAAUCAUUUGCUUGUGAUGUUUGUGGACAAAGUUUUGGCCGAAAGUUACAUUUAAACAGGCACAUGAUAACCCACACAGGACAGAAACCUUUUGCUUGUGAUGUUUGUGGACAAAGGUUUGGACACAAGUCAAAUUUAAACUCACACAUGAGAAUCCACACAGGACAGAAACCAUUUGCUUGUGUCGUUUGUGGACAAAGGUUUGGAGAAAAUUCACAUUUAAACAGACACAUGAAAAUCCACACCGGACAGAAACCAUUUGCUUGUGAUGUUUGUGGACAAAGGUUUGGACGAAAGUCAAGUUUAAGCACACACAUUAUAAUCCACACAGGACAGAAACGAUUUGCUUGUGUUGUUUGUGGAAAAAAGUUUAGAAAUAACUCGCAUUUAAACAGUCAUGUGAAAAUCCACACAGGACAGAAACCAUUUUCUUGUGAUGUUUGUGGACAAAGGUUUAGAAAUAAGUCAACUUUAAGCUCGCACAUGAGAAUCCACACUGGACAGAAACCAUUUGCUUGUGAUGUUUGUGGCCAUAAGUUUAGAAAUAAGUCAAAUUUAAACUCGCAUAUGAAAAUCCACACAGCAGGAGAAAACUGUUCAGUUUUAAAUAUUAUGACAGUUUCUAAAGACACUUCAGAGUUCACUCAAACUUGA